GUCGCCGCUUGGAUCACUUGGCGCGCGGAUGCGGAUCGAGCAGACGACGCGCCUUCAAGCAUCGAGCAGACGACGCGCGCGACGCACCAGUCUUCUUUAAUAGUUAUCUACCCUUUCGGCUCUAUUCGCACGUCUCCUUCGACUGGACUUUGGCCAACGCUGUCAGCCUUAACGCUCCCUGUUUCUCUAGUCGUGAGAAGGAACCUCCCCUGUCGCGACAGUAGUGUUUUGUCUCGCAACGAAAUCACCUUCUCGUGUGUCGUUCGUCUCGUGGGUACGCUGCGUUUUGCGAGAGUGUGCGUGGACAUUACUGGAGAUUCAUCUUCGAUCUUCUGUGAGUGCAUCCAUCCUACACCUGUCAAGCCCACCAAGAAACUUUUCUUGGCUUCUCCGUUCAACUUUACUGUCAUGUAUUCGCAGAUUUCACUACUGGCCGCUGCCUGUUUAACGGCCUUCAGCGCUUACGCCGUUCCCGAUGAGCUAGUGCCUGAUCUGUGCAACUUUAUAGACCAACCCAUGUACUGCCGUUGUGACACAGCCGACCUCACGGAGGAAGUGACCGACGUUACUUGCUACGUGGUCCGCAAACUACAACCUGAUCAUAUCGUCUUCGAUUCUCUUAAACGGCAGCCAACCAUUACCGCAUUAGCUUUCAAUGCUUUCGGGGGCGACUACAGGCUGGAAUUCGUCCCAACACAAGCGCUGCGCCACUUGCGGAACCUAGAGCGGCUCAAGGUCUCUCAGGCGAAGCUCGGGGACCUCAAGACGCACUCUUUCCACAACCUAUCGCGCCUCGUCGUCCUAUCACUGGACUCAAACGAGAUCACCAGCUUAGACACCACAUCUAUUGUGGACCUUCCACGCCUCAAGAAGCUCGAGCUCGCAGACAACAAGCUGAGAAGGUUGCGGGCCGGCUCUCUCAAGAACCUGCCUGCCCUAACGCAGCUGUUCCUCGAGCGCAACCAGCUGGAACUGGUGGACGACGGCGCGUUCGAAGACCUGCGUGCCCUUCGCGAGCUGGAGCUGAGUGACAACGCGAUCCAGAAGCUUAGCGAGCAAAGCUUCCGGGGUCUGGAGCGCGUAGCGAGGCUCGACCUUUUCCGCAACAAGCUGACGCGCCUCGAGGCCCGCGCGUUCAGCGCCAUGCCCCAGUUGGCUGAGCUGGACCUCAAGUACAACGAGCUGUCCGAGGUCGACCCGCUGGCCUUCGAAGGGCUGCCGCAACUGACGGUGCUCUACAUGUCGUACAACCGACUGCGUGUACUGCCUGCGCAUAUGUUCCGGGGAGCUCCCAACCUGGUGUCCGUGGACCUGUCCCAGAACCAGCUGCUCACGCUUACCUGGAGGACGGUACAGGACCUGGCGAAGAUUGACGCCGAGUCCUUCGACAUGAGCCUCACCGGCAACAAGUUCAGCUGCGACUGUCGGCUGUCAUGGAUACUGCACCUGGUGAACGCCACCCGCAACGCGAAAUUCCGUCGCGAACUGCGCCACAUCAAAUGCGAGUUCGAGAAUGGCGCUGCCGCGCCAGCCAACGUUACUGCCAACAACAAGGUGGUCCGAUUAAGCCUCAAGCAGCUGGGGUGCGCGGAGGACUACGAGAGACCGGCCGUGGGACACGAGGGAACGACUGUGCCGCCUGUGCGUCAUCCUAACGUCGACGACGACGAUGACGCUGACGCGACCGGCGGUCUGGGCCACUCUGACGAAUUUUCGUCCGAUACCCGUCCCGACCAACAUGCAAUUCGGGACGAGGUCUCGUCAAUAACUAACGACGUUGAGGUUAUUCUUAACCAGCGUAAAUCGGUUGAGAACGACUCAUCGGUGUCUUCGACGAGAAGCAAAAGCAUCGUCGGUUCAGCAAGCGACUGCCACCUGGCGGAGUCUACGCUCGUGUCGUGCUUUCUCGUAUUGUGCGUGUUAGCCAACGACUGCUACAGGUGAUUAGAAUUUUAGUGUGUAACUUUAAACAGUCAGCUAUAUUUUUUUUCAGCCGCGUGCUUUGCAGCCCUUAAAGACUCAUUUUUUGACAGUAUCGAAGCUGUCUGAAAAAAAAGAAAAAAAAAGAGCGACAUGGAGUCAUGGGAUGCCAACUGCAAUCUUGGUAAAGUUUUUUUUUUUUCGCAGGUGUCGAGAUUGUGCACAAGUGGGAGAAGAAAAAAAAAAGCUUGAACUAUGUAACGCGCGGCAUUCUGCCAUGCGGACUUCUUUUCACAGAAUAGUUGAAGCAUCUUGCAUCGGCUUGGACCCUUAGAAGCUUGUAUCCAUUCAUUUAUAUUACCCUCUACCCCACCCUGCAUAUUGUAGUUCUGCAUCAAAACAAGCGACGUGGUAUACAGUCCAAACUCUCAUUUGAGUAUCCAGAAAAAAUGUUCUGUGCGAUGAAAAUCCACGUUAAAGAACACUCCACGUUGCUAGCCCAUGCCGACGUGAAGAUGCGUUAGCGUUGCACACCGGUUCUUAGCAGUAUGACGUCAUCGCUAUAGCAUGGCGUUUUCUCCCCGUAGUAUUUUUCGCAGGGAAGUAGCUUAAGCUUGUACUACCGUCUCGUCGAACCUCGAACACUACUUGCGCAUCCGCAAAAAAGACUGUGUUCAGUGUUGCGCAGAAGGACGCAAAUGACUGUUCCCUAGUGUUCCUAUAGUUACACCGUUGAACCCAGUAUACUCAUGCCGUGUUAUAAUGUGCAGCAGUUGGAAGUCCUCGCUGAAGUCCCCACUAGCUGCGAAACGUUACUUCCCACCCACAGAACUAGAGGAAGUAAUAUACACUUCAUGUGCCCUCACUGUUACGUAUACCUGCCUUCCGCACAGCGAGCAUCGCCCACCGCCGCUGCUCUAAAUAGGGCAACCGAUCGUUGUGUAUGUAGUUCAUCCCCAGAAAGGCAAUUCUCGCAUGUCAAUAAAGUUCGUAAGACUGAACAU